AUGGCCGACAUCACUGCCGUCGGUGAGGAGAACCCUUCUCCUACCCAGGACGACCUGCAGCAGGCCGCCGGCAAUGGCGCCGCUGACACCCGCGGUCCCAAGCGCUCGAGAAUGAGUGCAGAAGACGACGACGAUGACGAUGACAAGCCCGGUCGCGAGCGCAGAAAGAUUGAGAUCAAGUUCAUUCAAGAUAAGUCGCGUCGCCACAUCACCUUCUCCAAGCGGAAGGCGGGUAUCAUGAAGAAGGCGUACGAGCUCUCCGUCCUCACAGGUACUCAAGUAUUGUUGCUCGUCGUGUCCGAAACCGGUCUCGUCUACACUUUCACUACUCCCAAGCUUCAACCACUGGUGACGAAGGCUGAGGGCAAGAAUCUCAUCCAGGCUUGCCUCAAUGCUCCCGAUCCCACCACCAACGAAAAUGGCGUUGAAGCUCCGGAGGUGCCAGCAGAGACACCCGAGGAUGUUAAUCACAGCAACGUCAACCCUCAACAGUCGAAUAUUCCCCGUCCUGCGGGCAUGCAUCCAGGCUAUAUGACGAACGAACAGCAGCAGCAGAUGGCCUAUUAUCAGGGCUUGCAGCAACAACAACAGGCUGGUGGGCAGUACCCCGGCAUGCCUGUGGGCAAUCGAAUGCCCCCUCAGCACCAACCCACUGCGUAG